GUGCUCGAGCUCGAUCUCUGCAACUUCACGACGCUCUCGCAAGGAAUGGAUCCAAUCGAGCUUGCCAACAUGAUCCAUCGGGUCUUCUCCAAGUUCGAUCUCAUCGUGCAAGACAAGGGGUUGUUCAAGAUGGAUACAGUAGGCGAUGCUUACAUCGUCUCCGGUUGGCUACCGCAGGAGAAGGGAUGGAGGUUGAAGAAGGAAACCAAACAAAUCUGUCAUUCUAUGCUUGACCUCGCGCGCUCAAUGCUCACAAUCGUGCAAGAGCAAUCGCUGGGAGAGAACAGCACCCUGAGCUGCAGGAUCGGCGUCUCCAUCGGCAUGGUGGCAUCUGGCAUCUUGGGAAAGAUUCAGUCACGGUUUCAUAUCAUCGGACAGGCUCUGAAGGAGGCGGAGCAGCUCGAA